UGCGGCUCUUUCUCUCAGAUGUCUUUCGUCUCCUUCGCAACUGUCUCAAUUUGAUUGGCAAAAUUGAAGAGGCUACUGCAGCUCGACGACAAUCGAGACGUGGCUCCGCCCAGUAUGACCAAACGCCGUCUCUCAGUCCCCAUGCAGACCUCAAGGCACGGGCCGUGUUGCUCCUUUGCCAACUCUACCUUUCCACUCCAUCGGAGGACGUCAUUGCCUGUGCAACCGCUGUCCAGAAGCCAACCGGUCCAGCUCAGGAGAUUUUGACGACGGAUUUCUCUGCAUUUACUGCCGGGGAUCAAUAUACACAUCAGCAGCAGCAACAGCAGCCGCAUGGUGACGCCAUUACAGAGGUAUCACCGCCGUCCCCCUGUAAAAAACUGGAUCGCAGAAUGGGUGGCGGAAGGAAACGCAUUUGUCUGGGUGACUCAAUAAUCGACGCCUUCAUGUCUACUAAGACUGACCAAGUAUCCAGUUUGGCGGUUGCCCUAUUUGAGGCGGUCUGCUCGCCAGAACGAACAACAAUCGCGGAUUCUGUAUCGUUGUGUACCGGCGCCGCACCGCCACCACCAUGGCAGAGCGAGGGUGGAGCU